UUUAAAACGCCCACUGUUGCAUCAGUGACAACAGCGCUCACAAUGUUUAUUUUGCCUAAAUCCAGAUCCCUGAAGGGAGACACCGAAUGGCGUUUACAGCGAUUUGAAAAGAGAGAAAAGAUCAACAGAGUCCUAACCUCAGAAAAUUUAUUGCGUUGUUAACACACCAUAAUAAAUAAUAAGUGUUAUGAUUACUGAUGAUAUCUAAGCUGUGUUGUUGCCUUACAAAAGUCGCGCCCGUAGUCAAGUGAUAUGGAUAAUGUCGAAAAAAGUGCGAGAAAAUGUCCAGGAAAACUGCCAGGCCGAUUAAAAUGUGGAUUAACGGGCGGAUUUUUACCGUUCCUGAGCCGCCCAAACGGCUCAAGCAGGCCCAGGACUGCGUGAUGAACGAAGAGCAACUGGAACACCUCGACAUAACCCAGGAAUUAAACAGGUAUUCUGCUAAAAUCAAGCUGCCCAAGUGGUACCAUCCGAGAUUGAGCAAAAUCUCCGAAUUGUCCAGCAGUCUCGCGCCCGAUGACACAAUUGUAGUGGAGAAUGACGAUAAAGCGAGUCUGGCCAAAGCCCUGGGGCGCCUGCACUCAACAGUAACCCAAUUGCGGCUGAAAUCCGCUCCGUUACAGUUCACCUGUAUUCCUUGCACCCACCCGACCAUUCAGAAGAGUUUUUUGUACCUCAGAAGCCAACUGUUAAGCAUGCAGGACGAAAUUCCCGGUUUGGAUGCCAGCAUCUUUAUGUCCCACUUGAAGCUGCAUGUUACGAUUGAUGUGUACUCUUUGUUCGAUGAAGUCGAGCGAGCUGAGGCAGUGAAGGCGCUGGAAGAGUACCGGCCAACUUUAGAGGAACUGCUGCAAAGGACCGGGCCUAUGAGCCUGGAUAUCGGGACGUUGGAUUGCAUGAACAGCAAUCUGAAGAACGUGAACGUGCUCUAUGCCAAUGCUAGAUUUCGAGACGAAAGCCAGCAAGUUACAUUGCAGGCGGUUGUGGAUGGCAUUGCGGAGCAUUUCUACCAAAGAGGGUUGGCUAGGAAGGACCCGCGGAGCAUUAAGCUGCACAUGACUGUACUGAACAGCAAGUACAGAAAAAGCUGCAAGGGGAAAUGGACGAGACAUGGCGUCGAUGCCACGAAAAUCAUGGAAAGGUUCAAAGACUUCCACUUUGGGCAUUGCAGCUUUGAUGCUGUUCACUUAUCCCAUAUGAGUCUGCGUGGGUCGGAUGGAUUCUACGAGCCACUAGCUGUGAUGCGCCUAAGUACAGACUGACCACUGUUUAAUUUCGAGUAUAUUUCAAUAAAAAUAGACGAUUUA